GGUUUGGCCGACCAUUUGUGAAAUUGGGGAUUUUUGUCUCUCUCUCUCUCUAAAAGGCUCUUUGGGUCGUUUCUCUCUCUAGAGAAGAGAAGCUCUCUGUGUAAUCCUCGAAUCAAAAAGAUCAAAUCUUUGGGGGAAAUUGGGGUUGUUUUUUUAGCGGGAAAAGAUGUCAGGGAAGGGCGCGAAGGGUUUGAUUACGGGCAAAGGUGCCAGCAACAAUAAAGACAAGGACAAGAAGAAACCCACCUCGAGAUCCUCACGAGCUGGCCUUCAGUUUCCUGUGGGUCGUAUCCACCGUCUCCUGAAGCAAAGGACCACAGCUAAUGGGAGAGUGGGAGCAACUGCUGCAGUUUAUUCUGCAGCUAUCUUGGAGUAUCUGACUGCUGAAGUUUUAGAGUUGGCAGGCAAUGCCAGUAAAGAUCUGAAGGUGAAACGUAUCACUCCCAGGCAUUUGCAGCUUGCAAUCCGUGGUGACGAAGAACUUGAUACUCUGAUUAAAGGUACCAUUGCUGGUGGAGGUGUCAUCCCUCACAUUCACAAGUCACUUAUCAACAAGUCCACCAAGGAGUAAUGGAAAUGGCCAAAGUUCUAUGAGAAGACUCUCCUUAGAUUUGUGUUUAAUUUGUUAGUUAAUCUUCAUGUCUGAUAGUAUUUGUAAUGGAUAAUGUGAUCGGAAGACGUUUUCUUUACUUAUUUAAUCUUAGGCUCACUUUAGGAACCUUGUCAUAAUGUCGUAUGGUCAUCCCUGGUAUCAAAGGCAUGUUUUGGACUACCAUUACCAUUCUUUUUGCAUA